AUGGAGACCACGCCACUACUGCAGCGCAAUAAUGAACCAACAUCACCAUCUUCACCUGCAUUACCACUUCCGGAAGAAGAAGACUACCUGCCUGGAGCUUCCAAGACCUUCAAAGGCUUAAAGUCUUUGUUUUGGAAAGAGACUGUCAAGUUAUGGAAGAUUGCUGGUCCUAUUGCCCUCACUCUCAUCUGUCAGUAUGGUGUCAACACCUUAACCUCUAUCUUUGUUGGCCAUCUCGGAAACUUGCAACUCUCUGCCGUUUCCGUUUCCCUCUCUGUCGUUGUUACCUUCGUUUUCGGCUUCCUUCUUGGUAUGGGGAGUGCACUCGAGACCCUAUGUGGUCAAGCUUUUGGUGCUGGUCAAGUUCAUAUGCUUGGUGUUUACUUGCAAAGAUCAUGCAUCAUCUUGUUCGUCACUUGUGUCAUCCUCUUGCCCAUUUACAUUUUCGCCGCUCCUCUACUCAAAGUCGUUGGCCAAGAAGCUGAUCUUUCUGACCUUGCUGGAAAAUUCACUCUGCAAACCAUACCUUACUUGUUUUCAUGGGCUAUCUAUUUCCCAACCCAAAAGUUCCUUCAGGCCCAACGCAAGGUUAGAGUACUUACAUGUAUUGCCGCUGGGGCUCUCCUUCUGCAUGCUUUGUGGCUUUGGCUCUUCAUCUAUGAGUUUGAUUGGGGUAUCACUGGCGCAGCAAUCGCUUUUGACCUGACCGGGUGGACAAUUGCUUUGGCUCAAGCUGUGUACGUGAUGGGUUGGUGUAAAGAAGGAUGGCGUGGAUUUAGUCUGUCUGCAUUUAAGGAUCUUUGGUCCUUUCUUACCCUCUCACUUGCUUCAGCUGUCAUGCUUUGCCUGGAGAUUUGGUAUAUGAUGAGUAUUGUUAUUCUCACUGGACAUCUCAGUAACGCAGUCAUUGCUGUUGGUUCCCUUACCAUCUGCGUUCGUGUGUCGAAUGAGCUUGGAAUGGGGCAUCCAAAAGGUGCGAAAUAUUCGGUCUAUGUGACUGUAUUUCAGUCUCUUGUGAUUGGACUGGUUUGCAUGGCUGUUGUGUUGAUAGCUAAGGACUACUUUGCCUACCUUUACACAAGCAGCGAAGUGAUGCGAGUAGCUGCCUCCAAACUAGCAUUCAUUCUUGGUAUCACCAUGGUUCUUAACAGUGUUCAGCCAGUGAUAUCCGGUGUUGCUAUUGGUGGUGGGUGGCAAGCGCUAGUGGCCUACAUCAACAUAGGUUGUUAUUAUGUUUUUGGGCUGCCACUUGGUUACCUUCUUGGAUACAAAGCAAAGUUGGGAGUUCGAGGAGUAUGGGGUGGGAUGCUAGGUGGGACUCGCUUUGCAGACCUUGCUGCUUUUGAUUGUACUCUACAAAACCAACUGGAAAAAAGAGUUGAAAAAACAGCAGAACGCAUGAGGAGGUGGGGUGGACAAGAUGAGAAGAAGAACAUUAAUCAUAGAGAUGAUGCAACUAAUGAAGCAUAA